AAUUCACCGCCGCGUGUAGCCAACAUGGCAUAAUAAAAUUGGUGGUUCACCACAUCUCGCCCACCAAAAAAGCGCACACUCUUUCCUAUUUAACCUUCGUAAUCAAUCACAAUUUCCUAAUCCAUACUCAUACUUUCUCUCUCCUCAAUCCUCAUCUUUUUCUCCCCUCAAAUCGAAAAAUUCUACUUUGAAAUUCAAAAUUCUCUCUUCUCUCUAUAUAUUUGAUAUGGAGGUAUCACUAAUUGGAAAUUCGCAGAUGAAGAUUGGAAAGGCCGAUGAAAAUCUGAGAGACUUAAGGUUUUUCAAUCUUAGAAAUAAUUAUAAUAAUAAAGUGUUGAUUUCCAAAACUAGGGUUUGUUUUGGUCAAUUAGUGAACUCAGAAAAUAGUAAUCAUGGCUUUCGAUUUACUCUUAGAGCUGUGAAAGCUGAUGCUAUUUCUGUUGAAGAGAAGGAUAAUUCAAGCUCUCUUCGAAGCUUAAAAUCUGUAGAUGGCAUGAGACUCUUUGUUGGGUUACCCUUGGAUACGGUGUCAAAGAGUAACAUAGUGAAUCAUGCGAGAGCUAUAACUGCUGGCUUACAAGCCUUGAAGCUAAUGGGUGUUGAUGGUGUCGAACUUCCUGUUUGGUGGGGAAUUGUUGAGAAGGAUGCUAUGAGAAAAUAUGACUGGUCUGGUUGCCUUGCUAUUGCAGAGAUGGUCCAACAAAUGGGUUUGAAGCUGCAUGUAUCACUCUGUUUCCAUGCAUCACAGGAACUAAAGAUACCACUACCAGAUUGGGUGUCUCGGAUUGGUGAAGCUGAACCAAAUAUCUACUUUACGGACCGUGCAGGGAGGCAAUACAAAGAAUGUUUAUCAUUAGCUAUUGAUGAUUUGCCUAUAUUUGACAGUAGAUCUCCAAUUCAAAUGUAUCAAGAUUUCUGUGAGAGCUUCAACUCAACAUUCGCACCAUUCAUGGGAUCCACUAUUACUGGUGUCACAAUAGGGCUUGGACCUGAUGGGGAGCUUCGAUACCCGUCAUGCGAUCAUGCAAAAAAACACAAUAACCACUCAGGUGUUGGAGAAUUUCAGUGCUAUGAUAAUUACAUGCUCGAACAUCUAAAGCAGCAUGCUGAAGAGAUGGGAAAUCCUAUGUGGGGCCUCGGUGGACCUCAUGAUGUUCCUACGUACGAUGAGCUUCCCUCUGCGAGCAGCUUCUUUAAAGAUGAUGGUGGAUCUUGGGAGACACCAUAUGGUGACUUCUUUCUUUCAUGGUACUCCAACCAGCUCAUCUCUCAUGGGAAUCGCAUUCUUUUGCUUGCGUCAGCUGUUUUCAGUAAAAGUCCAGUGAUUGUUUCUGGAAAAUUACCCUUGGUGCAUUCAUGGUACAACACUCGGUCCCAUCCUUCAGAGUUGACAGCUGGUUUUUACAACACCGUUAACAGGGAUGGAUAUGAAGCACUGGUUCAGAUGUUUGCCAAGAAUUCAUGCAGAAUAAUACUGCCAGGAAUGGACUUGUCAGACGCUCACCAGCCAAAUGGAUCAAGUCCUCAGUCAUUACAAUUACAAAUUGAGGGAUCUUGCAGAAAGCAUGGAGUUGCCAUAACUGGCGAAAACUUGUCGUUUCCUAGAGUGACCGACGGGUUUGAAAAAAUAAAGGGAUCUCUUUUAGAAGACAACAAAGUGAUGGAUUCAUUCACUUAUCAGAGAAUGGGAGCAGAUUUCUUUUCCCCUAAGCAUUUUCCUUUGUUCACAGCUUUCGUACGUGCAGUAAAUCAGUUGGAUCUAGAUGUCGAUGAUAUGCCAGAAACUAGGAGAGUAUGCGAACCUGUACAUAUGAGCUUAGAAGCAGUCCAGAUGCAAGUCGCAUAAAAAUUGGCUUGUCUGCACUCUGCAGGAGAGAUUAUGUAAAUAUUGGAUCUUGUAGAUAUACCUUAUUAUAUAGGAAUCCUGUCUAUGGAGUAGAGAACAACAAUUGUUUUGGUAGCGUGUAUGCCGUGCACUGCAGGGGUUCUUUUCGGCUUAUCUAUGCUUUGAUGCAGCGCUGAUAUUUGUUCUGUAAUCUUUGCAGGUAACAAGUUUAUUAAGAGUUAGUUUGAGUUUGUUAAUUAACUAGCAUUAUUGUGUCUUUUAGAGAAUGAAAUCCAGGUCAGGUGCUAUUAUAUUUGGUUGGGA